AUGGAGAGACAGAAGUUUCCUUUUAGCAUCGAAAACAUUCUGAGCACAUGUCCCCACGCUCCUGAGGACGGCCCUGCGUCCGCGGGCUCCGGACUCAAACACACACCGCAGCCUUCAGUGAGCAGAGUGGAUCCAGGUCAGAGGUCAGGUCAGAGGUCAGAGCAGACGUGCUUCUGCUGCUGCUUCUGCUCCCGUUGUGUUUACUGUGGAGACGUGUUUCAGACGGACUACGUUCAUGAAGCCUGUGCCUAUGGAUGGUCCAAAGCUCUGCUCUCAGACCAGAGGCCGGACGACGGUCAGAAAGAGGAGCGCGGUCAAACGUCGAGGAGAACCAGACGUCACCGCACCAUUUUCACUGAGGAGCAGCUGGAGGCACUGGAGGAGCUGUUUCUACAAAACCAGUAUCCAGACGUCAACACCAGGGAGAAACUGGCUGCACGAGCUCAACUGCGUGAAGAAAGAGUGGAGGUUUGGUUUAAAAACCGAAGAGCAAAGUGGAGACGACAGAAGAGACUCACGUACAGCGUGGGACGUCUGGAAAACUAA